GUUGUCAUUGUUACUAUUUUGAAAAUAGGUUAUAUUUCUUAGGAUUUGUGUCUUACAUUUUUCUAGUUAUUAACGAAAUAUACAGAUAAUAAUUCUAAGUUAUAAAUGUAUUCAAACAUUAUAUUGCACCGGCAAUGGUCGAAGCUAGCUUGUUUGUGCCGUUCACUGUCCACUAUAGAGGGACAAAAAUUACCCCAAGUUGGUAAGUCCUCUGAUGGUAUAACACCGCCGCCUCGUAUACCACGGGGGCCGACGGAUAUACUCCAAGCUUUAGCCUCCACAGUCGGCACAGACCCCACCGCUGCUCAUUAUAAAUAUCAUGAUGACCCAUAUCUUAUCCCACUGUCUAACUUCCGGAAACGCUCAUAUGCUUUGUCAGCCGAAGCCGGUCGUAAGGCAGCAGCAUGGGUAAGAGAUGAACACGCAGAACUGUUCACUACAAGAGAAUGGGACCCGCCAAUGAAAAUGAAAACAGAAUACUACAAUGCAGAUCCUCAAAUAGACAUGUAUGCUCCUAGACCCAUAUACAAUGAUGAAAGUAAAGUAACAGAAGAGGACUUGAAAUAUACAAUAAAUAAUGCUCUACUAGAAGAUGCUAUAAAAGUGUUUCACCUACUUGGUGGAGUUGAGGGUGUGAAUGAUGAACUAAAACUCUCUCUUCUUCAGUUUUUGUGUUUCUAUAAUCAAAAAGAACCAGUAUCUAUGGAAUGGAUUGAGGAGAGAUGGUUCUCGGCUGCCACAAAAGAAAGACAGGCUGCCACUUGGAAAUUAGGUGGAUUAGCAGACAAAAUAUUUGAAGCAAUGGAUCCAAAAACACCUGAAGCUUAUUGUGCUAUUAUACAAGGAAUGGCGAAAUAUUAUCAGGCAGAGAGAGCGCAUGUACUUGCUAAAGAAGCUAUAGAAAAAGGCAUUCCUCUGUCUACGAGUGUUUAUAAUUCGCUACUAGGCUGUGUAGGUUUUCUCAAAGAAGGCACAGUCUUACGUAUUGAAGCCCUCAAAUCAUUACUCGGAGAGAUGAAUCAACAGGGAUUCACACCGAAUAAGGAAACUCUUAACUCCUGUCUAAGCUCUAUAUCACUGUGGGGAUCAGGCAAACCGUUGCAGACAGUUGCUCUACAAAUACUGGCAGAGUUUAGACAGCUGAAUAUACAACCUACAUUGUCAUCAUAUUAUUACUUGCUUUGUAUUUUCUGCAAAGAAAGGGGACCUCGGGUAGACAUUUUGACCCCGAUCCUAAAUGAUUUAGAGAAGAGAGAGUCGUUAGAAGCCACAGACGCUACUGAUACGAACUUCUUCAUCACCGCUAUGGGAGUGUGCAGUAAUCAUUUGCAGGAUGUAAGCUUGGCGGAGCGUCUCCACGCUUUGCUCAUGAAGGAUGACAACUACAAGUUAGUGGGGGACGCGUAUAAGGAGAGCAUUUACUACAGGCACUUAGUUACGGUGACGUGCAGGUUUGCGCCGUUCGACAAGGCAAUGCAACUGCUGGACAUACUCAUACCUAACGUCUAUGUACCUGAACCGAGUGUCAUGGAAGAGAUAAUCAAGACGCUGGAGCUGAACGGCUGCGGGGAGCGGCUGGUGGGCGCGUGGAGCCAACUGGUGGUGUUCGGUCUGGCACCGCGCACCAGACUCGUCGAGCGCCUACUGACAGCGGUCACCACCGUCUACGCCGGACAAGAUGACGAAACGAAGACAAAGAUUCGUGCGAUGGCAGCAGACAUCGUCAAGUUUGAUCAAAUCAAAGAAGAAAAAGACCAGAAUGAUGACAAAAGAACUCCGUCUCCCAAGCUAUCAGCGACAGCGCUCACGAACAUUCUAGAACUCUGCUCCGAUACCACAGACAAGGAUGAUCCGAACUGGGAAAUGGUGGAGAACGUGGUACACAAACUGCGCAGCGAACAGACGAUAGGCGUCCCGUCUAACCCUCAAGCGAUAGCGGACGUGGCCGAAAAGGCCGCCACAGUGGGACUCCCGAGCCUGGCUUCUUUGGCGGUGACGUACCUGGCGGAGUGCGGGUUCGAGGAGGCGGGGCCGGCGAGCGAGCGCGCGCUCGGCGUGCUGCUCAACCGGCCGCCGGACGAGGUGCGGGCGAUAUUGGAGCAGAAAGCCUCGCCCGCGCUGCACCCCGACGCCAUGCAGAUAGUUGACGCUUACCACUUAGCGAAGACCGGCUCGAGUAUGAGUAGCAGCGAUGGCACGAGCAGUGACAGUGAUAGUUCGUCGGACGACGAAUAAAGUAUUUAAAACUUUUUAAAAUAAUAUUAAUAACUAGUAUCGUAAUUUAA